AGGCACCCUGGCUGUCCCGCGGGACGCGCCGGCCGCGCCGCGCCCCGCGCGGGCGCGCGCGCGCGCGCGCCCUGCCGGCGAUGUUUCAGUCUGGCCCGCGUCUCGUGAGGAAGAUGUUCCUGCCCUUCUACUCGAAGGAGCGCGGCCCGCCGAAGAUCCGGCAGCAGGUGGCUGGCACGCGUGGCAGGCGGUUCUUCAAGGUGGUCGCCUGCAACCAGCGGGACCCGCAGCAGGGCAAGCACAUGGAAGUGCUGGGCAGCUACGCUCCCAAGGUUAGAACGGGCGUGAAGGAGAUCCGCCUGCGGUUCUCGCGCAUCAAGUUCUGGCUAGGGGUCGGCGCCGAGUUCAACGCUGGCACGCGGCAGCUGCUGGCGUUGUCCGGGCUGAUACCGACGCCCCCGCCUCUUUUCGGGCGCCGCACCAAGGGGCACUACGAGGAGCUGCAAAAGAUCCUCGCCUUGCGGCAAGAGGCCCACGAAGCGGCCGUGCAGGAGUACCACAAGUACGCCGGCGAGCACGGCGCCGAUGGCAGAGAGUACGUGCCGCGCGGGGUGCAUGUACGCUGAGCAUCCAGCCUCGUCCGCCUUUUCCCACUCCACUCCUCUUCCUCCUUCCUUUCUCCCCUCCUUCCUCCCGUCUCCCUCCACUUCCAGCCCAGCCUCCCGCCGGCGCGCCGCGCCGGUCCCCGGCCCGCACCCGAGGGCCUGCCGCCGUGCGCCUGGCGCGCGGUCUCCAAAGGGGGUCUCUGCGCGCGCAGGGGUAACCAGGGGCUACCACGGCCCUCGUCCUCGUCAUCCCCCUCCCUCGUCCUCACCUUCCCCUCCAAGAUUGGCCCGCGCAGCUCACGCGCCACCCGAGAUCUGCACAGCCAGCCUCGCGGCGCCCGCGGAGGGCCGCAGGCUGGCCGACGGGCGCGGCUGGCGCGCCGUGAGCCGGCGUGCUUCCGCCG